AUGCAGCACUUACUCCAAACAUACGAACAGAUGCCACCGGUGACACGGGUAUACAUGACCGCGUGUGUCGUAACAACAUUGGCAGUGGUAAGUUGUAAAAAUAUAAUAGUAGAAGUUGACAUUGAAAUAUACAUAUAACAUAUGUGCUCUUUGCCGUUAAUAAUGUUCACGUUUUUCAGCAAUUUGAUCUAGUGACACCAUUCGACCUUUACUUUAAUUGGCAUCUCAUUUUAUACGACUUUCAGGUAGGAUUAAUUUUAGGUAACAGCUAUGUAAAGAAAGUAAUUCUCAUUUACAGUUUAAAAAACUAGAACACUUCAUGUUUCAGUGGUGGAGAAUACUGACAUCAUUUUGUUACUUCGGGUCAUUAGGGUUUACAUUUCUAUUCAACAUCAUAUUCACAUAUCGGCAUUGCCAGAUUCUGGAGGAAGGAUCGUUCAGAGACCGAACAGCGGACUUUGUGUUCAUGUUCUUGUUUGGAGGAGUGUUUAUGGUAAGGUUGAGAUAUAUACAGUGUAUAAAGCAUAAUAUAUUAAACAUAAGGCUAAUAUUGUGAUUUAGAUUAUUUGUGCCUGCUUCGUUCAUCUGUUAUUCCUUGGGCAAGCCUUCACGAUCAUGCUGGUGUAUGUGUGGAGCAGAAGGAAUCCACAGAUCAGAAUGAACUUCUUCGGAGUUAUCUCUUUCAAUGCUCCCUAUCUACCGUGGGUAUUACUGUUUUUCUCACUGUUACUGGGUAACAACGCUCUGGUCGAUGUUUUCGGUAAGUGCAUGCUGUUUUUGUUGUAAGUAGUAUUCUCCGUAUUCAGGACACAUUUUCCUCAUUAUGUUUACUGAAUAUGAUCAUCGACCAUGCUUUUAAGGUAUCGCUUGUGGGCAUUUAUACUACUUUUUGGAAGACGUGUUCCCCAGCUUACCUAAUGGAUUCCGGAUAUUAGAAACACCAGCUCUCAUGAAAUGGCUGUUCGACCCUGCCCCAAUGCCAACAGUUGAUAUUCAGGAACGACCAGGCGGAUUCAAUUGGGGAGCUCCGGACAACGACGAUGACGACCAACAGAAUCCUCCACAAGAAGCACAGUGA